AUGCUUAGAAAUACCAACAACCUUCUCAGAAGAGUCGUCCUCAACAAUAAGAGAUGUUUCUCUACAACCCGCUCUUCAUUCUUGCAAUACAAGCAUGUUGAUACUGAAUACAAUAAUGUUAACACUCCUUUUGAUUUCUCACCAGAAUCAUAUGCUGAAAUCAAGAAAAUUCUUGCUAAAUAUCCAAGUAAACACAAACAAUCUGGUAUCUUACCUUUGCUCCACUUGGCUCAACGUCAAAAUGGUGGAUGGAUUCCAUUGGCUGCUAUUAACAAGAUUGCUGAAAUCUGUGAAGUUAAUCCAAGAAAUGUUUUUGAAUGUGUUUCCUUCUAUACUAUGUUCAAUACUCAACCUGUCGGAAAGUACCACAUUCAAGUCUGUAUUACUACUCCAUGUAUGAUAACUGGAUGUGAUAAUAUUUUGGCUACUCUUGAACAACAUUUAGGAAUUAAAUUGGGUGAAACUACUCAAGAUGGUUUGUUCACUUUAGGAGAAAUGGAAUGUAUGGGUUGUUGUGCUAAUGCUCCAAUGAUUGCUGUUUCCGAUUACUCUAACCCUCCAGAAUUUAAAUAUGAUUAUUUCGAAGAUUUGACAGCUGUUCGUGCUAUUGAAAUUAUUGAAAUGUUGAAGAAGGGUGAAUAUCCAAAACAAAUUGGUUCUCAAAAUGGACGUAGAUAUGCUGAACCACUUGGUGGACAAAAGACUCUCCUUUUCCAAGAUGGUGAUCUUCCAAAGCCAUACUGCAGAGAAUUGGAUGAAGCUCCAGCUGCUGAAAAGAAGUAA